UACGACACACAAAAGUACAAACAUUCUUCACUUCAAAUCAAAAGUUCAGCAUUUAAUUUACAUAAAACUCAAUUAAAAAUCAUGGCGACAGAUUUACUUGGAUACGCUUAUGCCGCAACUGUUGCUGCUGGCGGCGUAAUGGGCUAUGCUAAAGCUGGUUCAAUUCCAUCACUCGCAGCGGGUCUCACAUUCGGCGUUAUUCUCGGCGUUGGCGCUUAUUACACCUCCCAAUCGCCUCCAAAGCCUCUUUUGCAACUGGGAACUGCCGCUGUGCUCGGCGGAGUGAUGGGAAUGCGCUUUGCUCGCUCCGGAAAAUUGAUGCCUGCGGGCUUAAUUGCUGGAAUUUCAGCUGCGAUGCUCAUUCGGGGACUUGUUGUGUAUCAAAGAUAUUUGCCGAUCGUCGGAAAGAACUAAAAAAAGCAUUUUGGGGAUAAAUUUUUUUGUCAAAGUUGAUUUUUAGGUGUCAGGUUUUUCAUUUUUUCUUAUUUUUUAAUAAAAAAUAAACAAUUUUCGUACAAAUUA